AGUCGCACAAAAGAUCCGCUGAAAAUCGAAAAACUUACCAUAUUGAACAGUUUAUCGUUUCUUAUUGAUCCAUAUUUGAAUGAUUACUUUUACACAAUCUUACCGCUUACUGGAUGGAAGAUAAUGAUCUUCAGCCCAAACGAUUACCCCGACAAUACGUCAGGAGGUGUCACCGAGACUCUGAUUUCGCCAGGCACUGAGAAUUUCCUCGAGCUGAAUGCCGUUUCCUUCUUCACCGAAAAGGCGGUUCGCCACUUCGACAUAUACGACCGCAAGUGCAUCUUUAAGGACGAGAUAUCGGCACUUUAUAACGCUUACACGUACAGCGACUGCAUUGUCGACUGUAAGGUGAAGGACAUCUGGGAGACAUGCGGAUGUCAGCCUUUCUUUUAUCCUAUACGCAAUUCACAUCGACUGUGUACUUCAUCCGACAACCUUUGUUUACAUUAUCACAAAACAAAAUGGUGGUCCGUUAUGCCGCAUAACAUGAAAGAAGAAAGUGAAGAAUCUAGAAUAUUUAACUUCAUCAGCAAUGAGACAUGGUCGCUGCGUUGCAAAAAUUGCUAUCCGUCCUGCGAUGACGUACGCUAUUCUCUCCAGACUUCGAGUAUUGUCCUGAGAAAUGAUGGAGAAACUUCGUUCCUAAAGGACAUCGACAUCGUAAAUCAGAGUUUGGUACACAUAUAUUUCACUAAAUAUGGAACGUUACGUCUUAAACAAGACAGAGCGUACUACUGGUACGAAUUGUUGAGUAAGUAA